AUGUCUGAUGAAGUUUUUAGCACCACUUUGGCAUAUACAAAGAGUCCAAAAGCUGCCAAAAGAACUACUUUUCAGGAUGAACUGAUAAAAGCAAUUACAGCUCGCUCAGUCCGACAGCGGAGCUCUGAAUACUCAGAUGACUUUGAUAGUGAUGAGAUUGUUUCCUUAGGUGAGUUCUCUGAUACUUCAGUAGAUGAAAAUUCAGUUAAGAAAAAAAUGAAUGAUUUUCACAUAUCAGAUGAUGAAGACAAGAAUUCUCCAAGACUAUCUUUUUUGAAAACUAAAAAAGCAAGCAGUGACAUACUCAAAGGUGAACCAGUAUCUUUCAUCAAAAGCAAUGAGGAAGUAGCACCAGAUGGAUGUGAAGACAUUGUUAUAAAUUCCUUCUCUGGGCCUCAAAGUAAAGACGACGAAAUUGAAAAAGAGACCAUGAAAAUGAAACCGAAACCCAGAAUUCUUGCAUUCAAAAACAUAUCUUCAGCUGAAUAUAACAACGUUGAAACAGAUACUCACUUUAAGCCUUCACCUCGGCCAAGGAACAUGUUAAAAAGGAACAUCCUCAGGGAAGAGAAAGAAAAGCUGGAAGAUAAAGAAAUUGUCUUUGGUGAAGAAUUAGACUCAUGUUCUGCAGCUUGUUCCCUCCCAACACUGAAUGGUAGACUAUUAGAAGCUGAAGACCUUGCUUCUGAGGCUUCAUCAUUAAUAAGUCCAUCAUCCUCAACCCUUAAUGAAAAUCUUGGGGAUAAGUUUUCACCAGGACCUGGGGGAGAAGCAUGCAUUACAGAUCAGAGAGGAAAAUUUACUGAAAACCAUAAUCCUUUGAAAUCAAAAGAAAGUGAAGCACAUUCAUUUUUGAAUGACUUUGUUCCUACUGCAUUUGAGAAACCCAAGCAAAGUGAAGUGACUGUUGAUGUCCUAGAAGGAGCAAAGGAAAAAUCUGAAAUGAUUAUGGAUGAUGACAUAAAAGUUGAUCCACUGCUGGCUAAAUCUCAAAGCGUCUUGAUAUCCAGCAAUGCAACAGAAUCUGCAAAGGAAACAACUGAAGAUAGAAAUAUGAAGAAUAAAAAUUCAACAAAUCAUAGAGCAUCUAGUGCAUGUGGCAGAUUAAUGACCUCUACAUUUUUAAAGAAACCUAGUUCUUUAAGGAAGACUUACUCGACAACUACCUCUUCUCACUAUUUAGGAACUUUGAAAUUCUUGGACCAAAAGCCCUCACAGAAACAGAAAAUACAGCCCGACAAAGCUGAUGACAUACGGGCAGCUAUUUACCAGGACUGGUUAGAAAAGAAAAAUGUGCAUUUACAUGAAAUGCACAGAAUUAAACGGAUUGAAAGUGAAAACUUAAGAAUCCAAAAUGAGCAGAAAAGAGCUGCUAAGAGAGAAGAAGCAUUAGCGUCAUUCGAGGCUUGGAAAGCGAUGAAAGAAAAGGAAGCAAAGAAAAUGGCUGCCAAAAAGCGGCUUGAGGAGAAAAACAAGAAGAAAACUGAGGAGGACAAUGCUGUGCGGAAAGGAGAAGCACUACAAGCUUUUGAGAAAUGGAAAGAAAAAAAGAUGGAGUACCUGAAAGAGAAAAGUAAAAAGGAGAAAGAGCAUGAAAGAGCAAAGAAGCAGAAAGAAGAAGAAACUGUUGCUGAGAAAAGGAAAGAUAAUAUAACUGCAGUGGAAAAAUGGAAUGAAAAAAAGGAAGCAUUUUUCAAGCAAAAGGAAAAAGAGAAAAUCAAUGAGAAGAAAAAGGAAGAACUGAAAAGAGUUGAGAAAAAAGAUAAAGAUAAACAAGCUCUUGGUGAAUAUGAAAGAUGGCUGGAAAAGAAAGAAAGACAGGAAAGAAUUGAAAGAAAACAAAAGAAACGGCAUUCUUUUCUGGAAAAUGAGGCACUUCCACCCUGGAGCCCUUCAAGUAGAACUGUGUUCUCCAAAGUGUUUUAA